GUGAGCAUAGCAUGCGAAGAAAACUAGAACGCUGAACUGACUCUCAACAUCGGCAGUGUCGAUCCCGAGUACGAGAUUACCCAACGUUGUUGUUUCAGUUGCCACAGCAAAGCGUCAGGAACCAGUUAGCAUAAGACAUGCCACCGAGACUAAGACCACAGGGCCCGCGCCAUUUCGGACACCAGACCGCAAUGGCACAACAAGUUCGGACACCACGUGGACAGCGCUCGCCAAGAACGAGAGGACAAGAGUUACCGGUAGAGCGAGCCCAACAGCAAGCGCAACAACAGCCGACACGGCAAAUGCGACAGCAAGCCCAACAGCAGCCUGUACAGCGAGUUCUACAGCAACCGGUACAACAAGCUCAACAGCCCACUGGCCAACGUUAUACAUCUAGACCACCGUCAAUGGCAAUGCCAGUUGUAGCUGCAAGUGCCGUUUGCCCGCCAGGUCUGGAAUACUUGUGUGUCCUCGACCAGCUCAUCAUCAAGCAAAUGGUAGAAUUAUUUGAAGUGCUCAUCGACUUCGAGACACAGAACAAAUACGUCGCCUACAACAACCAGAGUCAGAACGUGUACUAUAUGGCUGAAUCAAGCGGCUGUUGCACUCGGUACUGGGUCCCAGACAACCGGUGCUUUCAAAUGUUCGUGGUUGACACCCAGGGUAGGGUUGUGAUCAGGCUCGUCCGACCACUGCGAUGUCAGAGUACCCUCAUAGGCUGCUGCUGCUGUCUCUUGCAGGAAAUGCAAGUGGAAGCACCUCCGGAUGAGUUGAUCGGCUCCGUGUACGAGGAAUGUUCCGCCUGCCAACCAGCAUUCCGAAUAUAUGACACAAGUGGAAACCUUGUACUUCGAGUGCUGGGUCCAAGAAUCACGGCGAGCUGCCCUUGGCAAAUGGACGUCAGGUAUCAGAUUCUGACGCUGAAUGGCAGCGAGAUUGGUGUAAUCUCGAAGGUGUGGGGAGGGUUGCUCAAGGAGAUGUUCACAGAUGCGGACACAUUCAGCCUCACCUUCCCCUUCGACCUCGAUGUUCGUAUCAAGGCUUGUCUCCUUGGAUGCGCAAUCCUCAUUGACUACAUGUUUUUCGAAACUGUACCAGAAACAGACUAAGGUCCUUAAGGAAUGUCCGGAAUGUCUCUGCUCCUUAUGACCACGUGGACAAGGCAUUAUUAAACGCAUCUGUUUUAUUAAAGACAGCUCUCCGAGCUGUGAUAUUCGCCGGGAAUAUAAUAAAAUACUUUCCC